UCCACUGGCUUCAGUCAUUUCAUAUCCUUAUUGCUGAUCUGCUCUUGCUGUUUAACAGAGUUGAGAUCGUCCAUGGCAGUAUCAUGGCUUCAGCGUGCCUGCCUCUUGAUGGCUCUACUGGUUCUGGUUGGAGGUGAACCACAGACCUUGUGUGGGGCUGAACUGGUGGACGCUAUUCAGUUUGUCUGUGGAGAGCGAGGGUUUCUGUACAGCAGACAAAGAACAACUCAGACAUUCAAUGAGAGGAGACAAGCAUGGAACAAUCUAGUAGAGACAUGCUGCCACAGAGAAUGUUCCCUGGAAAUACUGGAGAAGUUCUGCCACCGAGAGAAGCCGCAGCAGCCGCAGCAGCCGCAGCAGCCGCAGCAGCCGCAGCAGCCGCAGCAGUCUCCAGAGAGUCAGGGACCUCCAUGCUAGAACGGUCUUAGCAUGAAGUGAUACAAAGAUAUAGGAGCAUUGAUUUUCUCUUUUAUGCUCAUAGUUCCCUUUUAAUCCUAAAGUUAUACUAUGUCACUUUUCUAGUGAUUGGGCUGCUACCCAUUUGUCUUAAUGAAGAUGUUAAAAAGGUGUCUUGCCCAUGGACACAACAAGAGCACAUGUUAAAUCCAAGUUUAAUAUCAUUCUAUGGAACACAUCUGGAAAAAUUACAUUGAUUUACCUUUAAAUAAAACUGAACUAUUGAUUUAAGUGAUAUUAUUCAUUCUUGUUAUGUUAUAACGUUUCCUCAUCAGUAGCAUACACAAGUUGUGUUUUGUCAUUCUCACGUUUAGUU